UUCAGAGUAAGAUAUAAAAUACAAUAAAUGAGCGAAUCAUUUAUUGAUAUUUGUAAUAAAUGGUACACGCAGGAUAUGAAUGCAAUAAUGUAUACUAUCCAUAAACUAUCAUGACAUAAGAGAGAUCUCUCAGAUUCAUUUCGCGUAGUUAGGAAGUGUUGACAAGUAUUUUGAUUACCGGUGUAGAAUGAAUCAGGAAUCAAGCGGAGAAAGAUUUAACUUGUUCAACAGCCUUGCAAUUUUAUUAAAAGCUGUUGAAAAUGAGAAAACAACCGUGGACCUUCGGAACGAAGCAUCAGUUUAUGGAACUAUAGAGCAUUCAGACGCUUUCAUGAACAUUGUAAUGAAGGAUUGUGUUUUCACUGAUCCUAGAGGAGAUUCUUACAAUUAUGAUAUGUUCUUCGUUCAGGCAAGAAACAUUCGCUACGUUCAUAUUCCACCAAAAAUACGUAUUAUACCAGCUAUCAAAGAAAACAUACAACAUUUAAUAAGCAACAAGAGAAAUGUACACUAUACUAAACGCACGUUUAGAAGCAUACGCACUGAACGAACCCAAAGAGAGGGACUUGCUGCAAUGGAGAAAAUCUUGGAUGAAAGAAAAAGAACAGAUAAAGAUUCUACGAAGAGGAAAACUGAAAAAAAUUGAAUAAUGAGAGGAUCUGUAUUUUUGUAUAAUUUUAUAGAUAUCAUUUUAUUUAUUUACAGUUUCAUCUUUGAUGUAUAAAAAUAAUUUCUCUAUAAAUAUACAUUGCACAAAAUUUUGUAUAAAUGUAAUUAUAAAUACAUUCAUGUAGUACACAAUCAUACCUAUGUCUGUAUAUUCUGUACCAAAAUUUGACUAUUCAACAAAUUGUCAAUAGAAAAGUUUUAACUUUUUACAAGAAAUACUAUAAUAAAAUAUUCGAAUAAAGGAUAAUAACCAGGAAUAUUGUAUGUUUACAAGUAGAAGUUAGUUCAUGAUACGGAUAAUAAAUUUUCUUUAAACAACUGACGUACCCCUAUGACCAUGAACGUAAAUCGAUUAAUCGAUCCAGUAUUGAACAAUUUAUUCGUUCUAACGGUACGAAUACUCGUGUACGAUGGUUAGUUACAAAGCAGAUUCUAUAUGUGACAUAUAGAUUGUAUUAAAUUCAAAUUGAAUAAAGUAUGUAAUCCUGCUGUCGAUCUUACGAUAGAUAAAUAACUUCUCCUUUAUAAAGAUAGAACAAAACGUACAUACUAUAUUUCAUUAAAACCAACAAAAUAUGGCAUAAAGUAUGAGAAUCAAUUCACAUAAAGAAUUUUCUACGUUAAUCGGCUUUUAUCAAAAUGAACAGAUAAGUACUUAUGUACCAAAAAAGGACAAGGCUGCUAAGAUAUCCACGAUACAUAGUCAUGCCGCAGUUUCAGGACUAAAAGAUAAACUAGAAAUAAUUGGAUUUUAUAGUGAACUAAAAUCUAAUGAAAAUACAAGGCACCAAAGUGGUCAGUCAAUGUAGCACAAAUACGCGAACAAAUGAAUGUUCAUUAGUAUUUUCCUUCAGUAAUAUAUCAGAUACUGCUGCUUUUGUUCCUUAUAUUAUAUAUAUAUAUCGAAAGUAAUAGCCUUCUACAAAAUAAAACAAAUUAUCGUCAUAUACUUAUAUCAUCUAGUAGAAGUGUUGUGUUUUCCAAUUAUAAGAAAUUGGUUGUUAAACACAUACAUAACAAGGCAUUUUUUUACAAAUGUACCAACUGGAAAGUGUCAAAAAAUGCGUCAAAGUUACGAGAAUGUUUAAAGAAUGUCUAUUAUUAUAAAUUAAUAAAUAAACUAAUCAAGUAAUUUAUAUUUUGUGUUGGUUGCCCAUAAAAUUUUCCUACUCUUUCUAUUUUCGCUAUUAAACUACAAUUUUCGCAAUACGGGUACCCAGUUAUCUCUAUUAUUUGUUACGAGCUUGAAGUCUUCAUAUUUAUAAUUUUCAGCGUAUAUUUUUAUGCAGUAAAUACGAAUCAAUGCAAUAUUAUCCACAGAAUUAAAAAUGUAGUUUUGCAAUUUUUUUAAAUGGAAGGUGAAAGUAGAUGUCUAGGUACCCAGUUAUUGACAAAACAGUUAAGCACCAACAAACUUCAACCUUUGCAGUAUAAAUACUUCUAAUUGACUUAAGUGUUCAUUAUUUCCUUUGAACAGCUAUAGCGAUUCCCAUUCCACCACCAAUACAUAAAGCUGCAACACCUUUCUUGCCUCCAGUCCUUUCCAAGGCAUGUAACAAAGUUACUAAAACUCUAGUGCCUGAGAAAUGAUAUUUCAGAUAUAGUACAAGUAUUAAUAUAAUCUGUUUAUUAACAUGUUUUAUGUACCUGAUGCACCAAUAGGAUGACCUAAAGCAAUGGCUCCCCCAGAUAUAUUAACUUUAGAGGUAUCCAAGUUCAGUGUUCUGACACAUGCGAUUGCUUGUGAUGCAAA